AUUUUGGGUUGCACUACGGUUUCAGCAACUGCUUUUUCUCCGAAAGUUUGGCAGAGCUGCGUCUUUUGAAGAUUUGCCUGUUAACUCAAGGUUGUUUGUAUGGGCUUAUCACUCUGAUUGCCUAGAUAAUUUAUUUGGUUCUGUCAUACCCAAUGAACCCUCGUGGCAAGAAAUGCGGGCUUUGGGUUUGGGCUUUUGGUAUGCUAACAUACCUCAAUUACGUGCAAGGAUGGAGAAAUUGGCAAGAGCUCAGUAUUUGAAGAACAAAAAUCCAAAGGAUUGUGCUUUGCUGUAUAUUGCAUUGAAUAGAAUUCAAGUUUUGGCCGGCCUAUUCAAAAUAAGUAAGGAUGAGAAGGAUAAGCCUCUAGUGGGCUUUCUUUCUCGCAAUUUUCAGGACGAGAAAAAUAAAGCUGCUGCUUUAAAAAAUGCUUAUGUAUUACUGGGAAGGCAUCAGCUGGAAUUAGCAGUUGCUUUCUUUUUGCUUGGAGGUGAUCAUUCUUCUGCUAUAAACGUUUGUGCUAAGAAUCUUGGGGAUGAACAGCUUGCCUUAGUAAUUUGUCGACUUGUUGAUGGCCAUGGUGGACCUUUGGAGCAUCAUCUAAUUACCAAGUACAUAAUUCCAUCUGCAAUUGAUAAAGGAGAUUACUGGCUUGCAAGCCUUCUGGAGUGGGAAAUGGGUAAUUACUACAAAUCUUUUUAUAGAAUGCUAGAGUUUUCAGCAAACCCUGUGCCUCAGGAGUCCACUGUCAUGUCCAAUUGUGGUCCUUUUCUGGACCCUACAGUUGGAUUUUAUUGCCAAAUGCUAGCAACAAAGAAUAGCAUGCGGAAUGCUGUAGGGGAGCAAAAUUCUGUAAUUCUUUUGAGAUGGGCAACUUUGAUGACAGUUUCUGCCUUAAAGAGAUGUGGUAAUCCUCUUGAAGCGUUGGAGUAUUUCUCAUCUUCACUGAGCAUGCCUGGGACUGCAGAUCAAGAAAGUGAAUUAGGUGACAGUCAUGAUGUGCUGUCCAAUACUCUUAAGCCUUUGCCAAGAAAAUGCUCUAAUUGGUUGUCUGCUAAUGUGUCUGUGCAUCUGGAGUUCCAUAUUAAAUUGAAUUUGGCACUUUGCUACUUAUCAAAAUUGAUAAAAGAGCAUCCAAGCUGGUUUGACACUUUUGCAGAAUACAAUGAAGAAGCCUCUGAUUCUGACGAGUGCCUGAUGCACUAUGAGAAAUCGGUUGAAAGUUUUAAACAAAAGUUAUACAGAGGGCUUGCUCUAUUUGAGCAGAGGUUUUUAUUGGCUCCCCACUGUCUAAUCAGCAUGAUUUUACUCUUUCUUUGUCAUCAUGGAUCAUUGUACAUUGGAUAUGAUAUUCCAGAUGGAUGCACUCAAGGAGAACUGUAUCAAAAGAAGAGCAAUAUAUUUGAUGAUUUCAAUUUAUAUUACUCUAGGGUUACACCCCUGUUUAAGACCGUAGAAGAAGUCUCCUAUUUCUAUUCAAGAUUAUUUUGUGCCUGCAGUAUGGAAAAUUCUCAACGAUAUUUGAUUAUUGAUAGUAAACCUAACCUUUUGGAUACUUCACGGUGCCGCUUUGAUGGUGUUUUGAUUUCAUUGUGGUUUUUAAGAGCAACUUUGAGGAUCCAGUUGAGUUCUAUUAGCAAAGAUAUCAUCAAAACACCUCUUGAUAUACUGAAUUUUUAUGAGUACUAUUUACAUUUUUCAUUAGCUUGGCUUCAAAAAAACUCAGAAGCACUGUUGUAUAUGGUGGAACCAUUCCUGAUUGCACAAUCUAAUGGCCAUAACCCUUAUGACAUUGAUAUGGUUAAUAUGAAGAAACUUAUCGCAAAAGUUGGACAGUUGUUGGCUCAAACAACUUCUUUACCUAGUACACAAAACCUUCAACUAUCUGAACAUGCAGAAGAUAAACUAGAUGCAGAUAUAAAGCAUUCAAUUCCUGAAGAUGAAAGAUGGAAGAUUUUAGGGACCUGCUUGUGGCAGCAUAUGUCUAGAUUCAUUAUAUCAAAUUUGAAUUCAAUUCUUGCCAAACUUGAAGAUGGUAAUUUGUCUGGUCCUUUCCGCAGAAAAUAUGCUUAUGGGGAGUCUUGUAUCAUAAAUAUGGAUUCUGAAAGCCUUAGCUUGCCAGAGAAGAUUCAGAUAGUCUCAUAUAGCCUAUGUGAUCUACUGAUGACAACAGUUACUCACACCUCUUCUUAUCAUGUUAAACAACAUGCAGAAUUUCUGUGGCAAAAAGUAGAGAAUGAUUUGAAUGUAAUGACUCUUGAAUGGUUAAAACAAAAAUCCCAAUUCAGUCAGAACCAAAACCUGAACAUUUUGGAACUGGGUAACAGGAAAGAUUAUUCAGUUCAUCAGUUAUUAUGGGAUCACAUUACCGAUCCCAAAUUGAUAUUUGAUUGCUUUGCACAGGAAAAACUCAAUUGGCCAAGUGAUUUGGAUCAUAUGCAUACUAAAGGGUGGAAUGAUUUGUCUAUGAUUAUGACAGGGCUGCUUAAAACUGAUGAUACAUGUGGUGACGAAUGUAAACUUAGCACUAGAUCUUCUAAUCCUGAAGUUGAGACUCCAGUUAAAGGAACGUCUCUAAAUGGCCAUGCUUUUGCAAGAUCAAACCAGAACGAUAUAACUUCUACAAAUUUUACAUUUUUCCAGAGUCCUAGAGAAAUGUACAAGAGAAAUGGAGAACUUUUGGAGGACAACUUAUGUACAUAUCAAAAUGAUAUUGUUGCUAUAUUUGAGCAGGCAUUGUGUAUGAACUCUACAAAUCGAUGGGAAGCCGCAGUUGCUAGCAACAGGAAGGGUAUAAUGUUCUUUCAUCUGGAAGAUGAGAUUCCGUUUAGUGGUAAAUCAGAUGGUCUUUUGUGGGCCACAGCUGACUGGCCUCGGAAUGGAUGGGCAGGUUCAGAAUCCACCCCUGCUCCAACAUGUGUUUCUCCUGGUGUUGGCCUUGGGAGCAAGAAAGGGGCACACCUUGGGCUGGGUGGAGCUACUGUCGGUGUGGGCUCUUCAGCUUGGCCCAGCAAUGACUUGACAGGUGGCAGAGUAUUAGGAAUGCUAGGUUAUGCUGAUAUUGGUGCCUCUAGACUAGGUUGGGAAAUUCAACAAGAUUUUGAAGAUUUUGUUGAUCCACCUGCCACUUUGGAGAACACAAGUACCAGGGCUUUGUCUAGUCAUCCAAUGAGGCCUUUCUUCUUGGUUGGUUCUAGCAAUACACACAUUUACUUGUGGGAGUUCAACAAAGGCAAAGCUACUGCUACAUAUGGAGUGCUGCCUGCUGCCAAUGUCCCUCCACCUUAUGCCCUUGCAUCUAUUUCAGCUGUACAGUUUGACCACUUUGGACACCGGUUUGCCAGUGCUGCAUUAGAUGGAACUGUCUGCACAUGGCAUCUAGAGGUUGGAGGAAGGAGCAAUGUCCGCCCAACAGAAUCAUCUCUUUGCUUUAAUGGUCAUGCUUCGUAUGUACUCUCUCUUUCUCAACUUGUAGUUGCAAUUGUUGAGAUAUUGAUAGAUAAUUGUACUUCAGCUGAUAUCAGAGAUAUUAUUCAUAUUUCAUUGUGGUGGGGGAGGCAUUUUGCCUCAUUUGUUACCCUAUGUUGUGGUUCUAGUUAUGUCCCAGAAAUGAAUAUCACAAGGGAUGUCACAUAUUUUUCCUCAAGUGGAUCAAUAAUAGCUGUGGCUGGAUAUAGCUCUAAUGGUGUUAAUGUGGUCAUAUGGGAUACUUUAGCUCCACCCACAACUUCUCGUGCUUCCAUUUUAUGUCAUGAAGGAUUGGGGGAAUUGGAUAGAGGAGUUGGAGGGUUAGGAGGUGGUGCACAAACCAUUUCUGUGUCUGAUAAUCAUGUGGGAAGUGGUUCUGUAUCCCCCCUUAUUGUAACUGGUGGUAAAGGUGGUGAUGUUGGAGUUCAUGACUUCCGCUAUAUUGCUACCGGAAAGACUAAAAGGCAUAGGCGUGGUGAUAACAUUGGACAAGGCUCUGUAUCAUCUUUGGCUCGUGACAAGGACCAGAAUGUAGAUGGGAUGCUUUGGUACAUUCCAAAGGCCCACUCAGGGAGUGUCACAAAAGUAGUUACCAUCCCCAAUACCAGCUUGUUUUUAACUGGAAGCACAGAUGGAGAUGUCAAACUCUGGGAUGCCCAGAGCACAAACUUAAUACAACACUGGUCAAAGAUACAUGAAAAACACACCUUUCUGCAACCAAGUUCUCGUGGAUUCGGUGGUGUAGUUCGGGCUGCUGUUACAGAUAUACAAGUUGUUUCCCAUGGUUUUCUCACAUGCGGCGGGGAUGGAACUGUAAAGCUGGUUCGGCUGGACAAUCACCUGCGUGCCCCUUGA